CUUUCGUCAAGUACUCGACUUACAGAUAACUAAACUACAACAUGGCUUUUAAGUUUGUAUUCGCUCUCGCUUUCGUCGCUGCAGCCAGCGCGGGCUACGCACCCAUUCAUCCGGUAUAUCACGCCGCACCUGCCACUGUUGCCGUACACGCAGCACCUGUAGCCGUUGCCCAGAAGGUCGUCGUCAAAUCGGAGGAAUAUGAUCCUCAUCCUCAGUACAAAUUUUCUUAUGGAGUCGAUGACAAAUUGACGGGUGAUUCCAAGAGUCAAGUGGAGGAGCGUGAUGGUGAUGUUGUACAUGGUGAAUACUCACUCAUCGACGCCGAUGGAUACAAACGUACCGUUCAAUAUACUUCAGAUCCCGUGAAUGGUUUCAAUGCUGUUGUCAACCGUGAACCUUUGGUAAAAGCUGUUGCUGUAGCUCCUGUGGUAAAGACAGUUGCCCCAGUUGCUCAUUAUGCUGCUCCUGUGGCUCAUUACGCAGCUCCUGUGGCUCAUUAUGCUGCACCAGUGGCCCAUUAUGCUGCUCCAGCACCUGUCGCACAUUACACCUCUUACGCUGCUCCGUCAGUAGUUAAAUAUCAUCAUUGA